UUAUAAUUACACCUCGUUUAUCACUUCGCUGGAACCUAACGUAAACAGUAUGCUGAAUUCAACACCAGUGUUCCGAAUUCCGGUAGUAUAAAUUCAGAUGCGCACGUAAACCAUACCACAACUCACACAAAGUCCAAUCGAAUUCGAUUCAAGUCUCACACGAAAGCUCAAAAGCAGAAACACUCACCGGCGAUGGAGAUCGACGGCAACACGCUCGCGGCGAGGUCGCUGGCUCGCUUCGGCGUGCGUCACAUGUUCGGCGUGGUCGGAAUCCCGGUGACGUCGCUGGCGAACCGCGCCGUGUCCCUCGGCAUCCGCUUCAUCGCGUUCCACAACGAGCAGUCGGCGGGUUACGCCGCCUCCGCGUACGGCUACCUCACCGGCCGCCCCGGCGUCUUCCUCACCGUCUCCGGCCCCGGCUGCGUCCACGGCCUCGCCGGCCUCUCCAACGCCGCCGUCAACACGUGGCCCGCCGUCAUGAUCUCCGGCUCCUGCGACCAGGCCGACGCCGGCCGCGGCGACUUCCAGGAACUCGACCAGAUCGAAGCCACCAAACCCUUCUCCAAGCUCUCCGUCAAAGCAACUAACAUUUCCGAAAUUCCCUCCUGCGUGGGCCGGGUCCUGGAUUGGGCCCUAUCGGGCCGGCCCGGUGGAUGCUACUUGGAUCUCCCCACCGACGUGUUGCAUCAGAAAGUGUCGGAAUCUCACGCCGAGAGACUCUUACUCGAGGCAGAGAAGAACCGCAAUAGAAUCGAGCCUUCGGUUAUUUCCAAUUCGAAGAUCGAGGAAGCUGUUUCUCUUCUCAGACACGCGGAGAGGCCGUUGAUUGUGUUUGGGAAAGGCGCGGCGUACGCACGUGCGGAGCACGCGCUCACGAAGCUCGUUGAAGCGACUGGGAUUCCGUUUCUCCCCACUCCGAUGGGGAAGGGUUUGUUGCCGGAUACUCACGCGCUUGCCGCCACUGCUGCUAGGUCACUCGCGAUUGGGAAGUGUGACGUGGCGCUUGUGGUUGGGGCGAGGCUGAAUUGGCUUCUCCACUUCGGGGAGCCACCGAAGUGGUCGAAGGAUGUAAAGUUUAUCUUAGUUGACGUGAGUGAGGAUGAAAUUGAAUUGAGGAAGCCUCAUUUGGGUUUGGUGGGUGAUGCUAAACACGUGAUUGAGGUUUUGAAUAAGGAGAUUAAAGAUGACCCGUUUUGCUUGGGGAGCACGCAUCCCUGGGUGCAGGCGAUUUCUAACAAGGCUAAGGAGAAUUUUGCCAAGAUGGAGGUUCAGCUCGCGAAGGAUGUUGUGCCGUUUAAUUUCUUGACGCCUUUGAGGAUUAUAAGGGAUGCUAUUAAGGCUUUGGGAAGUCCUGCCCCUAUUGUGGUUUCUGAAGGGGCCAACACCAUGGAUGUGGGGAGGGCUGUGUUGGUUCAGACCGAGCCCCGGACAAGGUUGGAUGCCGGCACGUGGGGGACCAUGGGGGUUGGGCUUGGUUAUUGCAUUGCUGCCGCCGUUGCUUCGCCGGAGCGGCUUGUGGUUGCUGUUGAAGGGGAUUCUGGAUUUGGAUUUAGUGCGAUGGAAGUUGAGACAUUGGUUCGGUACCAGCUGCCUGUGGUUGUGAUUGUUUUCAACAAUGGUGGUGUAUAUGGGGGUGACCGUAGACGCCCAGAGGAGAGAGAUGGACCUCACAAAGAUGAUCCUGCCCCCACCGAUUUUGUCCCAAAUGCAGGGUACCAUGCUUUGAUAGAAGCUUUUGGUGGAAAGGGCUAUCUUGUUGGGACACCUGAUGAACUGAAGUCUGCUCUUUCAGAAUCCUUCUCUGCUCGGAAACCAGCUGUAGUAAAUGUUGUGAUUGAUCCCUAUGCUGGUUCAGAGAGUGGGAGGAUGCAGCACAAGAAUUGAUUCCCGUAGUUGCCAAAUGCUCUACAGCAUCCUUUCACUUCAUUUACUUUUUGGUUUUAAAUAACACUGAAAUUGUACUCCUAUAGCUUUUUAUGCUUGAAUUAUCUGGUGCAGCAUAGCCAUCAUCAAGUUUAUUUUAAAUUUCAACAUAGUACAUUCUCUGAUACCCUCAAAUUUAUAAGGGUUUCACUGUUUCAGAUUUCCAGUAUCCUUCUCAUGUGGAUCAAUAGUAAUUUUACACACGUACCUUUGCCA